AUGGUCACCCGAACCAAGAAGAUAUUUGUGGGCGGCCUCUCCGCACCCAGCACGCUCGAAGACGUCAAAAACUACUUCGAACAGUUCGGACGGAUAGAGGAUGCCAUGCUCAUGUUUGACAAGCAGACCAACAGACAUCGAGGCUUCGGCUUCGUCACGUUCGAGAACGAGGACGUGGUCGACAAGGUGUGCGAGAUCCACUUCCACGAGAUCAAUAACAAGAUGGUGGAGUGCAAGAAAGCGCAGCCGAAGGAGGUGAUGCUGCCGCAGACCCUGGCGCGCGGUCGCGCGGCCGCGCGCGGCGGCUACGGCUUCCCAGCGGCGGCCGCGUACGCCGCCUACGCCGGACGCGGCUACUCGGGGUACGCCGGCUUCGGCUUCCCCUACGCAGCGAGCUUCACCAGCUACGGCUACUUCCCGUCGCCGGCGGGCGCCGCGCUGGCGACCAACGGCGCGGCGGAGCGACCCAACGGCACCACCUACUACCAGGACUACUCGGCCGGCGUGCCGGCGCCGGGCCCGGUCAGCCUGAGCACGCCCAGCCGCACCGAGAACCACGUCAGCCAGUCGCCGCUGCACCGCGACAACCCGUACAGCACGCGGACAGAUCUGGUGAACGGCGCGCUGACGAACGGCACAGGACCUCUACUGACGCAGGCGCUGUCCGUGAUCAACAGCUACCCGGGCUACGGCCCGCCUGCCAGCCCCGCCAACAGCCGCGGCUUCGGACCAGCCAACAGCCCCGGCCCGCUGGACCUCUACAACGGCGAUGCUGGUAUCAGCUACUUGCAGGCUGCCUCGCCGCAGCCCUCCUUCGGCGCUCUGAACCGGGCUCCGCUGCUGGCUGCCUUCAACGGUUACCACUAGACGCGUAGACAGCUACCGAGUCGUCGCUAGAUAGAAACGGAAGAGACCGAGAGAGCGAGAGCGCGCGCGAAGUGGAGCGAACGAGCGAGGGCGGCGGAACCCGACUCGUGCGCAGCGCGCAGCCGUCGGGGCCGCACCACCGCCCGGGCCCGCAGCAGCACCUCGCCGCCCCGUCGCCGAGGAACCUCCCCCACCUGUCCCACUCCCCACCCCCACCCACCCUCUGUUGGCCGGCGUGCGCCGGAGAGGCGACCGAGCGUGUAUGUGACGUGUUGUACAUACGCGCGGUCCUGUUAGACGUAGGCGGGGCCGCGGCGGCGCCCCCUGGCCGCCGCUCAGCAGGCUCCGGUACCGGCUGUACAUAGCGGCGCAGUGGACGAAGGCGAGCGAGCCGUGUGCGUGAGCUGCCUGCCUGUGGCUUUGCAGUAAAUUAUUUAGAGACGGCGCGAAGUGGAGGUGGCAAAUCAGGACCGGCAAUCAGGCUGUCUCGUGGAUGUGGAUUGUGUUUUGUGCGUUGGCCAGCGCUCGCUGUAGUUUCGACUGUACUUAACUUUGUCUUUUUUACUUAACGAUGUACUUAAUUUGUGCUGCUCGGCGGGAGCCUGCCGGCGGGCCGACAACUGGAAAGUAUUUUAAGUCUUUCACAAAGUAGCCUAGGCUUUGUGUUCUCCCGUCUCGCUUCUGCCGACCGCCACAGCAGCCAGCCCGAGUCCCUGUGCGCGUGGGUGCGCCGCAGCCGCGCCACCGCCGGCGAGAGCGAGCGAGGCCGGCCGGGCGGGCGGCUCGCCGCCGGCGUCCCGCGCCCCUGUACAUAGGAUCGGUGUGAGCCGCUGACGUCAUGCCGGCCGACGUGACGUCACACGUCGCGCCCCGGCGUGUGUAUUUAAGUGUCCGGUGUACUCCUAGGCUAAGGCGGGAGCCGGGUGCGCCUGGCACGCUGCCGCCGCCCCGGCCCCGGCUCCGGCUCCGGCUCCGGUGUGCCGACUGAAAGACACGGUGGUGGCCAUUCCUGGAGGGUGGCCCACUCCCCUGCUGUCGGGUCUCUGGUGGCGUCGGGCGGCGCCCCGACCCGCCCAAUACUCCUGUUGGUGGGACAGCUGGGCGCACCUCUGGGGCCGGCUCCGCACGCGCGGCGUCGGCCGGCAAAACGAUUUCGAUUGCUGCGACCCGGCAGUGGUCUGUGAUUUUACCUAGUUUCGACAGUCCAAAUUAGAGGGCGCUCCUAGCCAGCGCUUCUAGCAAGACGAUCGGACGUCAAUUGUUUUAGCUCUAGCCCUCACAGACUCGACGUUAUCUGUAUAUAACAAAGCAGAAAUGUCUAUUUUAUCAUGAGCAGGAACAACUACAGUACAGGUUGACAGUAGCAGACUAGCCAGGUUUUUUUACGCAUUUUCAGACGGCGACUAGAAGGGCGGCAAUAACGAUAAGGCAAUAGAAUUGCCUUCCCAUCGAUGCAAUGAAGCAUGCUAUACAUUACCAGCUCGCUGUUCACGUGCUGAUAAGCUGGUUGUUCUGCGUGUGCCCUGCCCCACUCCACCACCCCCGUUUACCUCUGUUUUGACCUGAGGGCGUUUGUCAGACUGCGCCGCCCGACGGCGGCGGCCGAGUUGUUUUUCCGAGCCGCCCUGUCGCGUGCGCGGCCCGCGCGGCGUUCGUGACGUCUGGGGCACGCGCUGACGCGGCGGGACCGGGCGGCGCGCACCGCUCGCCAUU